AUGGCUGCUGCUGCUGCAUUCAAUGUUAUAUCACCGCCACUAUUCUCACUGUCAAAUGUUGCAGAUACUAGAGCCCUAACAAUCAGAGCUUUCAACCCUAACCCUACAAGUACCCCCAUUCCCCCACGUCUGGGGUUCAAAUUACGUACCACUAGCAGUGUUAGUGCGCCUGCUGCCAGACUCAAAGUCAGGGCGGCCACCGGUAAUUCUGACUCCGAACAAGUAAUCGUACAAUCCAAAGUGACUCACAAAGUAUACUUUGACAUCGGUAUUGGAAACCCACUUGGACAAUUCGUUGGAAAGAUUGUCAUUGGACUCUUCGGUGACGAUGUCCCCCAAACUACCGAGAACUUCCGCGCCCUUUGCACCGGCGAGAAGGGCUUUGGCUACAAGAACUCCACCUUCCAUCGCGUCAUCAAAGAUUUCAUGAUUCAAGGGGGAGAUUUCGACAAAGGAAAUGGAACUGGUGGCAAGAGUAUAUAUGGUCGCACUUUCAAAGAUGAGAAUUUUAAACUCUCUCAUACUGGACCCGGAACCGUUAGUAUGGCAAAUGCAGGUCCCAACACCAAUGGGAGUCAGUUUUUCAUAUGCACUGUCAAGACACAAUGGCUUGAUAAGAAACAUGUUGUAUUUGGCCAAGUUUUGGAAGGCAUGAACAUCGUUAGAUUGAUUGAAUCGCAAGACACCGAUCGCGGUGAUCGUCCACUAAAGAAUGUGAUUAUCAAUGAAUGUGGUGAGCUUCCAAUUGCUUGA